AGGGGACUAGGCCCCAUCUCUUGCCCAGCUGAGACCAGGGCUGAGAGAUAGGCCCAGGGGAGUCCCAGGAGCUUCUCAGCCUAGUUCAUGAAACCACCCUGUCCCUGGCUCCUGAGUACCUAGGAAAGGCAAUUGGGGGGAGGUGGAGUCAGAAGGGGCAGCUGCUCUCAGGUUCCACUUUUCCUGGUCUGUUUGUCUAUGUUUCUAUCUCUGCAGGAGCUGGGUCCUUCUCAUCUCUCUUCUUGUCUGUCCUUUACUGGUCCCUGUUUCCUCCGCUCUUUGCCUUUGCUGCCUCUAAUCUUAUCCCCCCUGAGAUCCAGGUCUGCUGGACCCAUCCAUCUCCUCUGGGGCCAUGGGAUCGCUGCUUGGGCUCCUGGCACUGCUGCGGCUGUGGGGUGCUGUGGCUGAGGGCCCAGCCAAGAAGGUGCUGACCAUGGAGGGAGACUUGGUGCUGGGUGGGCUGUUCCCAGUGCACCAGAAGGGUGGCCCGGCUGAGGACUGCGGUCCUGUCAAUGAGCACCGUGGCAUCCAGCGCCUGGAGGCCAUGCUUUUUGCACUGGACCACGUCAACCGUGACCCGCACCUGCUGCCUGGCGUGCGCCUGGGUGCGCAUAUCCUCGACAGUUGCUCCAAGGACACACAUGCCCUGGAGCAGGCACUGGACUUUGUGCGUGCCUCACUUAGCUGUGGUGUCGAUGGCUCACGCCACAUCUGCCCCAAUGGCUCUUACGCCACCCAUGGUGAUGCUCCUACUGCCAUCACUGGUGUGAUUGGCGGCUCCUACAGUGAUGUCUCCAUCCAGGUGGCCAACCUCUUGUGGCUAUUUCAGAUCCUGCAGAUCAGCUACGCCUCCACCAGUGCCAGGCUGAGUGACAAGUCACGCUAUGACUACUUUGCCCGCACAGUGCCCCCUGACUUCUUCCAAGCCAAGGCCAUGGCUGAGAUUCUCCGCUUCUUCAACUGGACCUAUGUGUCCACUGUGGCAUCUGAGGGUGACUAUGGCGAGACAGGCAUUGAGGCCUUUGAGCUAGAGGCUCGUGCCCGCAACAUCUGCGUGGCCACCUUGGAGAAAGUGGGCCAUGCCAUGAGCAGUGUAGCCUUUGAGGGCGUGGUGCGAGCCCUGUUGCAGAAGCCCAGUGCCCGCGUGGCUGUCCUGUUCACCUGUUCUGAGGAUGCCCGGGAGCUGCUUGCUGCCAGCCAGCGCCUCAAUGCCAGCUUCACCUGGGUGGCCAGUGAUGGCUGGGGGGCCCUGGAGAGCGUGGUGGCCGGCAGUGAGAGGGCUGAUGAGGGUGCCAUCACCAUCGAGCUGGCCUCCUACCCCAUCAGUGACUUUGCCUCCUACUUCCAGAGCCUGGACCCUUGGAACAACAGCCGGAACCCCUGGUUCUGUGAAUUCUGGGAGCAGAGGUUCCGCUGCAGCUUCCGGCAGCCAGACUGUGCAGCCCACUCUCUACGGGCAGUGCCCUUUGAGCAGGAGUCCAAGAUCAUGUUUGUGGUCAAUGCAGUGUACGCCAUGGCCCAUGCGCUGCACAACAUGCACCGUGCCCUCUGCCCCAACACCACCUGGCUCUGUGAUGCCAUGCGGCCAGUCAAUGGGCGCCGCCUCUACAAGGACUUUGUGCUCAACGUCAAGUUUUAUGCCCCCUUUCAUCCAGCUGACACCCACAACGAGGUUCGCUUUGACGGCUUUGGUGAUGGUAUUGGCCGCUACAACAUCUUCACCUAUCUGCGUGCAGGCGGUGGGCGCUAUCGCUACCAGAAGGUGGGCUACUGGGCAGAAGGCUUGACUCUGGACACCAGCCUCAUCCCAUGGGCCUCACCCUCAGCCGGCCCCCUGCCUGCCUCUCGCUGCAGUGAGCCCUGUCUCCAGAAUGAGGUGAAGAGUGUGCAGCUGGGCGAGGUCUGCUGCUGUCUCUGCAUCCCGUGCCAGCCCUAUGAGUACCGAUUAGAUGAGGUCACCUGUGCCAGUUGUGGCCUGGGCUACUGGCCCAAUGCCAGCCUGACUGGCUGCUGCGAACUGCCCCAGGAGUACAUCCGCUGGGGCGAUGCCUGGGCCGUGGGUCCUGUCACCAUCGCCUGCCUGGGUGCCCUGGCCACCCUCUUAGUGCUGGGUGUCUUCGUGCGGCACAAUGCCACCCCAGUGGUCAAGGCCUCAGGUCGGGAGCUCUGCCACAUCCUGCUGGGUGGUGUUUUCCUCUGCUACCGCAUGACCUUCAUCUUCAUUGCCAAGCCAUCCACGGCAGUGUGUACCUUACGGCCUCUCGGUUUGGGCACUGCCUUCUCCGUCUGCUACUCAGCCCUGCUCACCAAGACCAACCGCAUUGCACGCAUCUUUGGUGGGGCCCGGGAGGGUGCCCCGCGGCCACGCUUCAUCAGUCCUGCCUCACAGGUGGCCAUCUGCCUGGCGCUUAUCUCGGGCCAGCUGCUCAUUGUGGUCGCCUGGCUGGUGGUGGAGGCGCCGGGCACAGGCAAGGAGACCGCUCCCGAACAGCGGGAGGUGGUGACGCUGCGCUGCAACCACCGCGAUGCAAGUAUGCUGGGCUCACUGGCCUACACCGUGCUUCUCAUCGCGCUCUGCACGCUUUAUGCCUUCAAGACCCGCAAGUGCCCCGAAAACUUCAAUGAGGCCAAGUUCAUUGGCUUCACCAUGUACACCACCUGCAUCAUCUGGCUGGAAUUCCUGCCCAUCUUCUACGUCACCUCCAGUGACUACCGGGUGAGCUACCUGCCAUAGAGGUGGAGGGAGGUGGGACACCAGACCCUCUGUUUCCUGGUAUCUUAUUUAAUCUACUGGUAGCUCUGGGGCUCCAAGAGGUUAAAUGGCCACUCAGGGGACAGCAGCUUGUGUGGAUCUCAAGGGGAAGGUGGGAGGGCUGAAUAGGGCCUAGGGAAAUGCCCAGGGAGAUGGGGAACUCGAAUUACGGAGAGCUGAGAUUUCAGGAUGUGCAUGUCAUCCUCUAGCCUGGGAGGAGAUGGGGGGCAGAAAUAUGUUCAGAUGAACGGGGUUCUGCCCUGCUCCACUGAGGGGUUCUUCAAGCAGACAAAUAGUAUUAUAAUGAUUACAAGACUGAUCAUCAGUUAUGCUUUUGCAAAAAACAGCUACAAAGGACUAACUCAGUGGACCAACCUUUGUUUCUUCAUUAUCUCUACCUGGAUUCUGGCCUUUUAUUUUCUCUUUCUACUAAUUCUAAUUCUGCUUCUGCUUCUCAUUUCUUCCCCAGUUAGAACUUUAUUUACCUAAACUACCUGUUGUCCCCUUCUCAGAGCCACUAAGCAGCAGUUUGAGGUUGACAAUUGAAGAAUUAGGAUUAGAAAAAAGAAACACGAAUGACCUUUUUGUGUUUCAUUAUCAGGGGUUUGUAAUGCAGGUAAAAAGACCUUUUUCAGAGUUAAGAUUUUGAUACAAAAAAUAAGCUAUUUUAAUAUUUAUAACUUUGACUAGUAGAAUUUUUGUAUAAAAACAUUUGUUUGGAUGUCUUUGUUAGCGUUGAGUGGACACUGGAAAAGCCUCUUCUAACAGGUUCUAUGUCUUUCUGGAUACGCUUUUCAGUAUUCUGAUUCCACUAGACAGUGACAAGAGGGAAGCAUUGGUGGUUCAGUGGUAGAAUUCUCGCCUCCCACGCGGGAGACCCGGGUUCAAUUCCCGGCCAAUGCAGUUGGGCUUUUGAGCUUCACUUCCCUUAUGGCUGCUUUAACCCUUCUGCCCAGCAAAAUUAUACCGCAUACUCUAAUAGUGCAUUUAGAGGCUUCAUCACCGAAAGGUAAACUGACCAAGGUCGUGCCAAAAGACAUUCCGGGGACUAACCUGGGACCCCUGCAGUCGUUGGACUCCACAAACCAUUUAGCAAAGUGGCAAAUACGAAGUAUUUCUGGCGAGUCACUGCAGUUUUGAUAUUGGUACCUGUUACCUUCAUCUAUUUUCUGGGUGGAUCCCUGCAAACCCAAGAAACCAUCAGGUUCCUGAUUCGCGUGCUGGACCUUGGGCUUCCCGCUGAGCCACAAUGCUGAGGAUCAAGAAAUGAUGCUCGGGGAAGGAGAGAAGCUGUGGGCGGGGCAGUCACCUCAGAGGUCCAAGAAGCUCAGCGGCCCAAA